AUGUUUACAGUAAACAACUGGUUCGUUCGGUUCCUCGAGGACUAUGUCUAUGCCAUGCGCGAGCCGCCACCACGCAAGCGGACCAAGCCCAUGGAGGUGCUGUGCGUAGGAAUGCCUCGCUCCGGGACAGAGUCGCUGCAGCACGCUCUCCUGACAUUGGGAUACGACCAUACUUUCCACGGGUGGGAUAUCAUCUAUGAGCAGCCGAAUUAUUGCCAGCAGUGGGUAAAGCUGUGUCGCAAGAAAUGGUUUGGGCCCCUUGACGGCAACACUACGUUCACAGCUGAGGACUUUGACCCUCUUAUCGGUCACUCCGUUGCCGUGACGGAUGCAGCGGGCUCUGUAUUUGCUGCGGAGCUCAUUGGCGCAUACCCAGAGGCGAAGGUCAUCCUCAAUUACCGCAAGGACCUGGAUGCGUGGCAUCACAGCGCGACGACGACUCUGAUGCGUUCCAACGGUCACUGGCCACUCUUGGUACUCUCGUGUCUAAGCCGGGAGUGCUUCUGGGCUUGGCAUGUUUUUGUGCGGUUUAUGUGGCCAGGCUUGUUCCGCGCGCUGGAUGGAAAUAUCGAAACAGGCAUGGCGAGGAAUGGGAAGUGGGUGUAUCGAGAACAUUGCAACAUGAUUCGGGGACUCGUAGGCAUGGAACGGCUACUAGAGUGGACAGUUGAGGACGGAUGGGAGCCAUUAUGUGAGUUCUUGGGCAAGCCAGUCCCUAAGGAGCCUUUCCCACAUGCCAAUGCGGCUGCAGGAUGGGCCGGUCAGGAAAUGAGAAUUGGAAAAAGAUAUAUUGAAUUCCGUAAACCGGCAAUGACUCCCUCACUCACAAGCGUGUGGACAUCGACAUUUCCCCCAAAGCCAACCUUCAAGGAGGAAAAUGUCCCUGACCUCAGUGGAAAGGUGUACUUCGUGACAGGUGCCAACUCUGGCCUCGGCAAAGAGCUGUCACGCAUACUCUACUCAAAGAAUGGCAAAGUCUACAUCACUGCGCGUUCCGAGGAGAAGGUCAACAGAGCAAUCCGAGAGAUCCAAACGGCGGUGCCCAAAUCCAAUGGCACACUAGUUCCGCUCGUUCUCGACCUCGCAGAUCUGAGUACGAUCAAAGCAUCGACGGAGAAGUUUCUUGCCGCUGAGUCAAGACUCCACGUCCUGUUCAACAAUGCCGGAUAUAUGGGGCCCGAGAAGGUGGUGGAAAGGACGGUGCAGGGCCAUGAGAUGCACUUCGGUGUCAACUGCCUGGGACCGUUCCUCCUGACCAAACUCCUACUUCCCACUCUAGUAGCGACGACCCAGGACAAAGAAACUCCGCCGAACACCGUCCGGGUCAUUUUCCUGACCUCCUUUGCCGCUGAUAUCUUUGCCGAAAAGGACACUAUACUCGAUAUGGACAACCUGGAGUUCCAUAUAGAGAAAGAAGCUAAAUACCUAUACGGAACCAGCAAGGCGGGUGACUGGAUCUAUGGCUUCGAGUUGUCGAAGCGAUAUAAGACCGAAGGCAUCAUUGGACUAGGCGUGAACCCGGGGAAUCUCAAGUCUGGCCUCUUCAGACAUCAGAGUGCACUUUUCAGGGCCUUUACAGGAUCUGUUAACUAUCCUGUCAUCAAUGGGGCGUAUACCGAGCUUUGGGCUGGUCUCUCCCCUGAGGUGACACUUGAAAAGGCGGGGAGUCUGGUCAACCCCUUCGGACGAUUCGGCCCAAUUCGUCGCGACUGGGAAAAAGCGACCAAGUCUGAGACCGACGGAGGCAAUGGAACGACGCGAAAGUUUUGGCAGUGGAGCGAGGAACAGGUGAGCCAGUACAUUUAG